AUGACUAAAGCGGCUCUGGAACAUCUGACAAGACUUACAGCUCUAGAGGUCGCUGAGUCCGGAGUGCGAGUGAACGCAGUUGUCCCAGGAUUUGUGGUGACAGACACCAUGCUCUACAACUUUCCGGAGGACCAGAAAAGUGCAAUGGAGGAGAGAUUUAUUGCCUCCGCCAAAAAGUCCCAACCUUUGGGUGGAGGUCUGCGCAUGUCCGCAGUGGCGAAAUCCAUCCACUUCCUGGUGAGCGACGGCGCAUGCUCAAUAACGGGCGAGUGUGUGAGAGUGGACAACGGCUGCCACCUAGCGGUGCCCGAGGGAACCAUCAGGGAGAGCGAGAUGGUCAACUCGGGGCUGUACAACUCGCGGCCAACGCAGGAGAGGCAGGCCGGAAAGAAGGAGGCGAAAGAUGAGCAUAGCGGCAAUGACCAGUGA